AUGGGUAAACGUCAGAACGACGUGGAGAGUGAUUCUCCAACCAAAAGAUCAAAAUCAGAACUGGAUUCAUCACACGAUCAUACUGAUGAAGAGGCUUUCGCGAAGUCAGAAUCACCCGAUGACGAUGCUAACGUUGACACCCCUCCAACGGAGUCGGAGGUUGAGAAGAAGCCUACAAAAAAGGAGCUCGCCAAGCAACGAGCUGAAGAAAAUCGUAUCCAGCGGGAAGCUGCCAAGCAGAAGAAGGAAGAGGAAAGACGGAUGAAGGAAGAACAACGUAAACGACUCAUUGAGGAACGCGAAGAGCGCAAGCGCUUGGAGGAAGAGGAACGAAAAGAGAAGAAACGACGACUCGAAGAAGAACGCUUGGCUAAGAGACAAGCUCAAGAACGAGAGCGUGAAUUGAAGCGCCAAGCACUAGAAGAGAAAAAACGACAAGCAGCUGAAAGGAAGAAGAUAUUGGAAGAAGAGAAGAAAUGUCAAGCUGAAGAGCGCAAACGUCAAGCUGAGGAGAAAAAGCGUCAAGCAAAAGAGAAGAAGCGUCAGCUAGAAGAAGAAAAAAAGCGAAAGUCAGAGGAGAAGGACCGGCUGCAAAAGAAAAUUUCCUCAUUUUUCACCAUGAAGAAGCCGUCCCCGUCGCUGGCGCCGGAGACUCAAGAACUGGAGCUGGAGUAUCGUAAGUUUUUUGGCAAGUUCAACUUGAGAGACAACACGACAUUGGCACCAUUUCAAGCACCCCUGGAAUCUGGAAUUUCUCGAUUAGAUGAGAUGCUUCGUGGUUCCAAUUCAGAAGAUCUGAUAACAGAAUGUUGGAGCACAAAUGGAACGUUUGGGUUGCUGGCACCCUCAAGUUUUCUUGCCCCUGCCGAAGCUGAGUUGGAACGGUCACUGGAUAGAUUUGAUGAUCUUUUGAAACGACUUGGACCCUUCAAAUUUAUUAGCUUUUACGAAAACCCCGGAACUCCUUACUUUGGUACGUGGUGUUCUCAACUUCAUCAAAAGACUCCACCGGUUGAAGAUCCAACGACCAAAAUUGAAGGAAUUGAUUACGAUUAUGACUCAGAGCUUGAUGGCGAAGGCGACGCGGAAGAUGUCAAUAAAGAGCUGGAUGAAGAGGAUGUGGACGAAUUGGACGACGAUGAAGACGAUUUCAUUGAGCAAGAUUCUCAUCAGCCCAUGCUUGCUCGAUCUCUUGUAGUGAUUACCAAAUGGCGUGAUGAUGAUCCUGCAUUUUUUAGGGACUAUAAGAUUAAUACUCUCGUUGAGAUGGCCGACAAAAUUGAUCCGUUUGCCGGCGCUUUAAUGGCACAGGAAGCUAGCCCUACCCAGGCUGACACGGCAACAGCCAAACCUCCCACUCAGGUUUCAGGACUGAUAGCAGCUCCAAACCAAUUGAUUGCGAAGAAGAAGGUGAUUGAGGACCGAGUGAUUGUCGCGAAGCUCAUAAAAUUUAUUGAACAGGAACAGGAGAAGAACUGGAAUGUUUCUACGCUUGUGGACUUGGCAUGGCAUCACUUGAAUCAAUGUGUCAAAAAGCCCCUACUCAAAAGCACAGUCACUGUGGUUGCCGAACGGAAGCCAACAUGGCGAAUAAAAGACGAUGCCUUAAAAAACUAUGCUUCCGAAUUAGCAAGCUUAGCUGAAUCUUCCAGUCAGACCGCAGAAAGCGACCAAUGA